AUGACGUUGGGCCCCGCCAAAUCGCACAACGCCGCGGGCGGUCCAGACAGAGCCACUUCUCCAGCCGGAAGCUUCUACGCCAUGAGCGACGAUGAUGAAGGAGAGUACAACACCAUCACCCACACCGAGACCGGACGUGGGGUCAAGCUGUUGUACUCGAAAAGCAAGGUCUAUAUCCACCCCACGCCCUCGGCCAAGGACAAUAUCCCGGGCUACGUCGCCCUGCUGCAGCAAAAGACGCCCAACACCGACGAACGCCCAACCUCGUCUUCUUCCAAAGCCGACGCCCAUCCCGCAUCCUCCGAUCUUCUCCUUGCCUGGCUGCCCGAGUCGUCUCUCGGCGACUCGGCAAGCAUAUAUGUCAAAGUUGACCUGUGCGAAGGCGACUCUCCGCCAAAGCAGUCGUAUCUCGUGCCCCCACCCCCGACGGUCACGACGCACCGUGGUUCCGUAGGCCAGUAUGCCUUCGCCAUACCCGUCAGUGCCGUAUAUUCUCUCCUGGUCCGGCCUCCGAACCUGGGCUGGUGGUAUGGCUCCGUGGUCAUCAACUCCCGCGCGGGCGACAGCUUUCCCGCUCUCUUCUUCCACGACAGCGAGUGCCAGUCCACUAUUCUGCAGAAGAAGAAGCGGGCCCGAGAGAGCUUUGAUCCCUUUGGUGAAGGUGGCGAGAUGUUCUGGGGAGGCGACGAGGUAUUGCGGUGGUUGAAGCGCUAUGUGCACAUCGAGAAGAGCGUGGCGGAGCCGAAUAUAUACCUGGUCGAACCCAGCUCGGCGGACGCCGAAGCCUUUGGCAGCAGGCUCACCACGAGUUCAUUCUCGGCCACCGGACGACAGGAUGACCGCUCGGGUCCAUCAACCAGAGGCGCGACGUCCGGGUCAGGUCCACCGACCGCUCCGGGCACCUCGAGAGACGCCAGCAUGGACCCUUUUAUGAAAUUCGUCAAGGAGACUGGGUGGAACAUUAUGGAAAAGUUCAGCAAAGUCACCACCUUCACGAGACAGGCAGCGCAGAAUGCUAUGGAUGACCCGCGGAUGCCGCCACAAGUCAAGAGGUUCCUUCGCAACCCCGAAGUCCAGACGAUCCAGGACGAGUUCGACAGUGCGCGCAUAUACCUGGCGAGGUGGGCAAUGGGGAUCGCCGAGCAGAGUGAGCGGGAUAGAAACCAGCGGAUCUGGACUGCGCGGGAAGUCAUGGAGCUCGAGGAUACCGACGUUGGUGAGUUCGAGCUCCUGGAAGCCAGUAGCAUGUCGCUAGAAGAGAGAAGAAAGGCCGUGACGCUUAAGGAGUGGAACUCGUUUUUUGAUCCCCAGACUGGGCGGCUCGCAGUCACUGUCGACGAGGUGAAGGAGCGUAUAUUCCAUGGAGGACUGGAUCCGGAGGAUGGCGUACGCAAGGAGGCCUGGCUCUUUCUGCUGGGCGUGCAUGACUGGUACAGCACGGCAGAGGAGAGGAAGGCGCAGAUCGCGUCCCUUCGCGAUGAAUACAUCAAGCUCAAAGCGGCCUGGUGGGAACGCCUGAUCGACAUGGGUGGGCAGGGAGAGGAAGGCGAAUGGUGGAGAGAACAAAAGGGCCGUAUUGAGAAGGACGUUCACCGGACGGACCGCAACGUACCCAUCUUUGCUGGAGAGAACAUACCGCAUCCCGACCCCGAAUCUCCUUUCGCCUCGGUUGGCACAAACGUUCACAUGGAGCAGCUCAAGGACCUUUUAUUGACCUACAACGAGUACAACAAGGAGCUGGGCUACGUCCAGGGAAUGUCAGACUUGCUCGCUCCGAUCUACGCCGUGGUACAGGAUGAUGCCAUCGCCUUUUGGGGCUUCCAGCGGUUCAUGGAUCGCAUGGAGUGGAACUUCCUCCGUGACCAGUCCGGCAUGCGAGCGCAGCUCCGCGCGCUUGACCACCUAGUGCAGUUCAUGGACCCCAAGCUCUAUGCCCACUUGCAGUCCGCCGAGAGCACCAACUUCUUCUUCUUCUUUAGGAUGCUUCUUGUCUGGUACAAGCGUGAGUUUGAGUGGAUGGAUGUACUGCGCCUUUGGGAGACGCUCUGGACGGACUUCUUGAGCAGCAGCUUCCAUCUGUUUGUUGCUCUGGCCAUCCUGGAGAAACAUCGAGAUGUGAUCAUGGAACACCUCAAGCACUUUGACGAAGUCCUCAAAUACAUCAACGAACUCUCUGGUACGAUUGAUCUCGAAUCCACGCUGGUCCGCGCCGAAUCCCUCUUCCGUCGCUUCCGCAAGCUCGUUGAGGCCAUCGACAAGAAGCCGAACUUUCCUGGACCCAGGUUGCGUGACGACAAUACACCGAGCCGGCCCGAGACUUCUCCUUCUACAACAGCAACGGAUGCACAACGGCCACAGGUGUCUUCCCCUGCCAGAAGCGCAGGCAAGUCGCCCGCCAAGGUCGAGAAAGUCAUCACUCCUGAGCUCAGGAAGCUGCUCAGCCGGAGCAUCGAGACCGUGCCUCGUAAGGAUGUAGCCAAGCAGGGCGGCGGAUUGUGGACUCAUAGUGGUACUUGA